GUAACGCUUUGGAGGAUAGCCAACGUUUUGUGAAGUUUAAGAAAAAUCUACUUAAAAUAAAGCAACACAAUCAGCGUUAUGAGCAGGGCUUGGAAAGCUAUGAAAUGUCCCUGAAUCCUUUUAGCGAUAUGGAUUUAAAAGAAAUGCAACAGUCAUAUAUGGGCUUAAAAAUGCCGGAAAAUUUUCAAGAAAUAUUGCAAAAUGCAACACUCUACCAAGCUCCCAUAAAGCAACGUUCAGGUUUACCCACUCAUGUUGAUUGGCGUGACAGUGGUGCCAUUACACCCGUAAAAGAUCAAAAAUCUUGUGGUUCCUGUUGGGCUUUUGCCAGUGUGGCGGCUUUGGAGGCUCAUUAUUAUUUGAAAUACCAACAGACUGUUAUCUUAAGUGAACAAAAUUUAGUAGAUUGUGUUACAGAGAAUUGGGGCUGUACUGGUGGUUGGAUGAUACCCAGUUUUCAAUAUGUAACAAUAAAUAAUGGCAUUAAUCCAGAAUUAGUUUAUCCCUAUGAAGCCGUUGAUGGUGCCUGCCGUCACCAGUACAAUAAGGGUCCUAUAAAUAAGGCAUAUAUUGCUAUAAGUCCCGAUAAUGAAGAACACUUACAACUUGCUGUAGCUCUAAAUGGUCCUGUGGCCGUAGCCAUUCAGGCAAAUAAUAAUUUCAUGAAUUAUAAAAGUGGUGUGUACGAUGAUCCCGAUUGUAGUAAAAUCGCUAAUCAUGCAGUUUUGGUGGUGGGUUAUGGCACAGAAAAUGGCAAGGAUUAUUGGUUGAUUAAGAAUUCAUGGAGUUCAUAUUGGGGUGACAAUGGUUAUAUUAAAAUGGCUCGUAAUAAGAAUAAUCAGUGUGCAAUUGCUAGGUAUGCUUCGUAUCCAGUGUUUUAAUUGGAUUUUAAAAUAAUUAACUUAAA